GGUCAGUCCAGUGGAAGAGUGGACAUCCACAGCGUGUACAUCCUUCUUAUGGACCUACUUUUAAAGUGUUUUUAGACUACACUUCAUCUGACGUCAUCGUAUUUAAAAAGUCUUUUCCCACCUGGACACAAGAAAGAAUCAUUUGGCGUUAAUUGAGACUCUCGCGCCACACUGCUCUUCCUGCAGAGGAGAUGCGCUGAGGAUUUGGUCUUUUAAAUGCGGGAUUUAGACCGAGCAAUGCUAUAGAGCCAAGAGGAGGAAUCUAUCCUUUAUUGGACUGGAAAAACAAAGAUGUUGUCAAGGAGAAGACUGCUGUUCAACUUUUGUCACAUGUAGUCACUUUUUAUAAGGGCUGCUUUAAUGCAAAAGUAUAUGUGAACAACAACAAUUCACAGCUUGUUAAGGAAAUUUUGCAGUGGCGCCCACUUUAAUGCACUUCCAGCAACUCCCAGCAAUGAUUUUCUUUUAAUGCAAACAAAUGAACUUACCAAGACGUUAAUCAUUAGAACCAAAUCAAAGUGAACAGGAUUUCAUCAGAUAAUGCAUUUUUUUUGGCCGAAAUAUUCAUGACCUUAAACUCAAUAUUGUGUAAAGUUUAAUCUUUCUAAUGAUAGACGUUUAGAUUUUUCCUCCCGUGGAUAUCACCAUCAUUUUUCUUGGACACUUUCAUCUGCUUGUGUCCCUCUGGCAGUCUGCCAUUUGGCCUGGCUCAUCUCCCAGUACACUUCUCCCCCUCUUCCUUUCCACAACAUACCGGUUCUUUGAGAGGCUUCACCCUGGCGGGCACCAUUCCGGUCAAGGGGGAAGAGGACUUCCUGACGCUGGCCGCUUCCCGGCUCAGCCGCAGGAAACGUGUGAUUGGAGCGGCCGUGGGCGUAGCCAUGGUUCUGAUUCUGCUGGUGGCAAUUCCCCUGCUGGUCCACACAACCAAAGGAGGGAACACAGGAAGUGAUGGCAGCCAUUAUGAAAUGUUGGGAAGCUGCAGGAUGGUUUGUGGUCCCUAUGCCACUUCUCAGCCAGGCCAGGAAUUAACAGCUGUGUCUCCGCCACCCCAGGAUUAUUCUGGGAAGAAGAUUAAGUCAGGCAUACGGGGACCUCCGGGGAUCCCUGGCCCUCCAGGAGCACGUGGGCCUCCAGGGGAGCCAGGCAAGCCAGGGCCGCAAGGUCCACCAGGUCCAGGUCCUGGUGGCUACUCUCCUUCCCUCUACACUCCCAAAAUUGCAUUUUACGCCGGGCUCCGCAAGCAGCAUGAGGGCAGUGAAAUACUAAAGUUUGACGACGUGGUAACCAACGUAGGUAACUACUAUGAGCCCAGCACUGGCAAGUUCACCUGCCCGCUGCCUGGCAUAUAUUUCUUCACCUACCAUGUGCUAAUGCGAGGUGGGGAUGGCACCAGCAUGUGGGCGGACCUGAAGAAGAAUGGACUGGUAAGAGCCAGCGCCAUCGCUCAGGACGCUGAUCAGAAUUACGACUAUGCCUCCAACAGUGUGAUCCUGCAUUUGGACGUGGGUGAUGAGGUAUGUGUGCAGCUGGACGGCGGCAAGGUCCACGGAGGCAACACAAACAAGUACAGCACCUUUUCUGGCUUCCUCAUCUAUCCAGACUGAGAAUACAGUAAUGACACAUCAGAAUAGUACUUUUAAAAUACACAUUCGUACAUACCUCAACACACAUGCACAACACAUGCAUGUAAUCCUACACAUAACAAUUUACAUACAAGCAUGCACACACACACACACACACACAGUCAUUAAUAAAAGAUAAUAAAGUGGAUGGAGUGGGGAAUAAAAGGGAAACUAACAAUUACGUGGAUUUAUAUGAGGAACAUUUAACCUCCUUUGUGUGCACCUUGUGGCUCUGAAAUAAUCCAAAAUAUUCUAAUGUGAUCCAUAUGAACUUAUUUGUUAUGCAAUAAUUGUGUUGGCAUUAAUCAUGACAAAAGCUGCUUUCAAGUCACUUAGUGUUCAUUUCAACAUUUCCUCUCUGAAAUAAAAUGUGUCAAAUCAACUCACAGGCCACAACAUUAGGUACGCCUCCACAAGUGAAUACAAAUACAAUAAUAAUAGAAGAGCUGCUUUAAAAAUACGAGUACAAAAACAACAAUGCUAACUUUUGAAACACAGAUGUGUUUAUUAUUGGAGCUGUGUGUUUGCAGUGGAGUUAAACUGCACUGCACCCAUAGUAGGGUUGUUUGUAAUAUUUGGUGAGUAUAAUACUAUUUAGGAAUAUUAGGAACAUGUGUGUUGUUAAAUUCCCAUCUCUCAGAGUAUGUAAAGGUAAAAUCUUGUAGGGGGCCUUAUUCGAUUGUGCAAGUGUACCUAAUGCUGUGACUUGUGCUUACAGUUAAAAUAGCACAUUGGGUUUUUUUUUGUUUGUUUGUUUUUUUUAAGAAAUGAAUCAUACUUUAUUUGAGCCAUUUUACAAAUAGGGGAUUGACUUUCUUUUCCUAUUCUCAAAAAAACAGCAUCUUUUAGAACUGCAUCUGUGUGUGUGAUGAGUGCAUUGUUUACAAUAUGUAUGUGUAUAAAUGGAUAUACAGUAUAAGGAUGCGCCGAAGUGUUUUACCCCCAUUAAAUGUUGUAGUUCAUUACACUGACAUAUUUGAUUUAUUUAUUACUUUGUCUUUAUGUAAUAUAUACAGUAUAAUGAUGUUCAGCUGUCUGUUACGUUGAACAGGUUGGGUAAAGAAUUGCUAUUAAAUUAUCUAUGCCUACUUCAUGUGUGGCUGCCUUAUUGUUGUGAUGACGGUCAGGGCCAAUUGAACAGACGUGGACUUUUGAGGGUCAUAAACGCACACCGUUCGCUUUUAUCCACGAUAGCAACAACUGCAGAGAGUUCGAUAUACCGCUUGCCACUGUGGACUUACAAGCUAAAAUCGAAAUACCAGUGGCUGACCAGACCCACUGCCUGCUCCAGCAUGGAUUUCCAAUAUGUCUUAAGACACAGUCCAAGGCACAAACAUUAAUACCGCUAUAUUGAUCUCAGCUUAUAAUACACCCAGGAUCCACAAAAUGCAGCCAAUGUAUACCUUUCAGAUGAAACAAUAUCAGAAUCAAUUUUACAAACUAAAUUGCGUGGACACUGUUCAUCAUGGUUUUAUGCCAGAUCAUUUGCUGCAAAUCCUGUCAGUAACAACAACUCCAGCUAAAGAAUUGACCGAUUUUUCAUUUGUAAAAUCAAUUUAUUAAUUUCCCUAAACUAUCUCUGGUUAUUAUGAAGUAUCUUCCUUUCUCCACACCACUUAAUUGUCUGCAAAACGUGCUGAAUUCGACCAGAACUGCACCAACCACUUUUGUAUAAUACAAAUCUUAUUAUACAAGAUACAUGAUGGCAGCUUGGACGUUUAAGCACAAUACUGGAUAGAUCUGUUACCGCUGGGAAGAAAGAUAUAGGCUUAGCAUUUCUUGGCGGGACCCCUCAGUCUGUGCUGGCAGAGCCAAGCUGAAAGUUAAUUGGAGCGGCAGAGAGGUCUGAGACGGGCUGCGCUGUGGCCCAUUAGUGAUUCCCCCGUCAAAGCAGAGCCAUGAGGAUCACACACUCACAAAUAGGAGGAUUAAAAUAAUCAAUAGCCCCGACUUACACACAUACACACGCCAAGUAAUUAGUGGGCAACCUAUUCAGCAAUGUGGACUCAGGCAGCCCUCCCAAAGCUGAUACGCGCGCGCGCGGGCGCACACACACACAGCGGCUUGGUGUCUAAUGAAAAGAAAUUGCGGCUGCUUGUGCACAGAAAUAAAUAAAAAGGUCACGAAGCUACCACACAGCAUUAGAAAAAAAAACCUGCUCAUAGCUUGUUUAGUAAAAAAAACAAAAACAAAAUCACUAAAACAUGACGCUGGAGAACCACAUUUUAUACAAUAUUUAGCACACCUAAGCCA